AUGGAUGGGAAUAAAAAGGAAGCUAAAGGAAGAAACUAUAAAAAGAAAAACUCUGAUAUUAUUUUCUACACACCAAAGUCAAAUUUAGCGAUUGAGAGUUUACAAAGAACUAUUGCAUUUAAUAAUUUAUUUAAAUAUGUUAAUAAAAAUAUUAAAAAAGGUGAAAUAAAAAAUGAUGAAAUUAAAAGGGGUGAAAGAAAAAAUGAUGAUAUAAAAAAGGAUGAUGUACAAAAUGAUGAUAUACAAAAUGAUGAUAUAAAAAAGGAAGAUAUAAAAAAGGAAGAUAUACAAAAUGAUGAUAUAAAAAAGGAAGAUAUAAAAAAUUAUCAUAUAAAAAAUUAUCAUAUAAGAAAUGAUGAUAUAAAAAAUCAUCCAAUUAACAAUGAUCAAAAAAUAUGUGAUCAAAAAAAACUAGAUCAUUUUAAACAUAAUAUUAUAAAAUAUGAUCAAUUUAAAAAUGUACCAGUAAAAAAAAAAAAAAAAGAAAAUGUGAAAAAUAUGAUAGGGAGAAAAGUGCAUACACAUGAAUUGAAUAAAAAAAAUAUUUUUGUUCUACCUAAGAAUAAUAUGAAUAAUAAUUUUGAAGAAAAAAAAAAAAUUCCCUUAAAAAAAAAUAAAAAAGUAAAAAAAAGAACCUUUUCUGAAAGUACUAUAAAUAUUUUAUCAUAUUUUAAAAAUGACAAACUAAUAAAAUUAAAGGAAAAGGAUAAUGAGAAAUAUAUAGAAAAUUAUAGAAAAACAGGUACACCGAAUAAUGAUAUUAAUAAUACUAUUUUUAAUAUAGAUAUAAAUAAAAAUAAUAUUAAUAAUAAUAUAAUUAAGAAUAACAUAAUUAAGAAUAAUAUAAUUAAGAAUAACAUUAUUAAUAAUGGCACUAUAAUUAAUCCGUUAAUUACUAAUAUUGAUAAUCUUAAUAAAAUAUACAAAAAAGUGAAUGAAAAAUCAUACUUAGAUGUAAAUAGUUGUCAUAAAAGAGUUAGAAGUGAAAAUUAUCAAUGCAAAAUUUUUCUUGAAGAAAAAAUGAAAUUAAAUAAUAUGGAUUAUAAAAAUGAUACAUGUGAUAAAGUUAAUGAGCAUUUAAAUCAUUUUAAAACAGAUAUUUAUUAUAAUCAAUUAAAUCAAAAUGAAAAUUAUUUAUAUGAUAAAAAUUUAAAAAAUAAUAAAUAUCCUAUAAAUAAUAAUGAUGAAAAUUUUAUAGAAAAAGAAAAAUAUUAUGAGUACUUAGAAAAUAUUUACUUAUAUUCGAAAAAAUAUUUCUUAUCUCAUAAAAUGGAAUAUAUUAGUAAAUAUUUAUUUUAUAAAAAUAAUAAUUUAAAGAAUUUAAUUUUUUUAAUUGAUUCAUUAUUUUUAAAAAAAAAAUAUGUGGAAAUUUUGGAAUUAUUAAGAGAUUAUAAACAUUUGUGGAUUUAUCCAAUUUAUAUGAAAAAUGAAUUUAAGAUAAAAUAUUUGGAUAAGAAGAAAAAAAAAAAAAUAAAUAAUAUAAGAAGAAAAAAUAUAAAUUAUAAGAAACUUGGAAAUGAACCAAAAUAUAAGAAUAAAAUCAUUUGUAAAAAUCAGAAAAAUAAUUUUCAUUAUAACGAUAAAAUUAUUAAUAAUAAUGAUAAUAAUAAAAAUAAUGUUUUUAUUAUUAAUAAUAAUAAUAAAAAAAAUAAAAAAAAAAUUGAAAAAAAAAUUAAUAAUAAUAAUAUUAUUAUUAUUAAUAAUAAUAAAAAAAAUAAAAAUAAAAAUAAAAAAAUAAUAAAUAAUAAUAAUAUUUAUACUACUACUACUAAUAAUAAUAAUAAUUAUUAUUAUUAUCAUAAUUUUAAUGUUUUAUAUGAAAAAAAACACAAUUUAAAAUUGUUUCAUAAAAAUAUCCAAACAGAAUAUUUUAAUGGGAAUAACAAUUUUGUUAUUAAAAAUAUGAAAUUAUAUAGCCCACAUAAUAUACCACUUAAAAAUACAAAUGAUUAUUUACCUAAAAAAAAAGAGAAUGGAGAAAUUAAAAUAAAUAAAAAUAAUAGAAAACAUUCUUGCAUUUAUAUAAAUAAUAUGUGUGAAAAAUAUUAUCCAUUUAUUUAUAAUAAAAAAAAAAAAAGUACAAAGAGAAUGUUUUAUUGUAUUAGUUAUAUAGCCUUUGUAAAAAUAAUUUGUCUCCUUAAACUAAAAAAUAGUAAUUGUUUAAAUAAAGGUAUACGUUUUGUAAAUAGAAUAUAUAAAAAAACGUUUUUUAAUAAGAAUACUCAUUAUUUGGUUCAUGCUAUUAUUAGGUUGUAUGAAUUAAAAGGAUUAUUCAAUUCCUCCCUUAAAUAUUCAAUGAUACUAUUUUUAAAUUUUCCAUUAUAUCCUCAUAUUAUUCUUAAAUUAUUUAGUUUUUCCAUAUUAUGUUUAAAGGAAGAAAUUUAUUUAAUCUUAUUAGCUAGUUAUCCUAAGAAUUUUUCUUGGUUCAAAUAUUUUCUCUUUUUCAUUUUAUAUUCUGUCAAUUUUCAAUUUAGAGAUAAAAAGGUUUUUAAUAAUUUCCUUUUCUUAAUUGAAAAUGUAAUUAAAAAGAAGAAAAAUAAAAAUUUCAAAUCAAAAUAUAAGGGAAAAAAUAUCAUUUAUGACAUGAAAAAAGAUGAUAUCCCUAUAUAUAAUGAGAGGAUUCGUCUAGAUAUGAAUAAGAAAAAAAUUAAUACUAAUAAUAAUAAUAAUAAUAAUAAAAGUAAUAUUAAUAAUAUUAAUAAUAAUGAAAAUAAAAGUAACAAUAAUAUUAUUAAUAAUAAUAAAAUUAAUAUUAAUAAUAUUAAUAUUAAUAGUAAUAUUUAUAAUAAUAAUAAUAAUUAUUUUAUUGAUAAUAUUGAUUAUCAUGAUAUUCAUAAUCCUAAUAUUAAUAAUAAUGAUACUUAUAUUUAUAACUUACAAUCUAAUACAUUUGAAAAAAAAAAAAGUUAUAACAAUGUAUCUAAUGAUUUAUAUUAUUCAUACGAACCCAUUUUAAAGCGUGAUAAUAUAAAUGCUAAUAAUAUUAUAUAUAAAAAGAUUAUAUUAUAUAAGUCAUCAUAUAAUAAAAUAACUUUAUAUGAUACAUACAACUAUCUUGUUAAUAAUAGAUUUUCCAAAUAUUUUCCCAAAUUUUUUAUCUAUUCUAAAUUAUAUAUUAUAAUAAAUAUAAAAAAAAGUUUUUAUGAAAAGAAUUUUAUUAUGUGCCUUAGUUUAUGUAAACUUUUAUUAAAUGAUUAUAUUUAUGAUCCUUCUGUAAUUACUUUUUUUGUUAACUCUUGUUAUUUAUUAAAUAAUAUUAGCUCAAUAAAAAGCUUAGCUAGUGAAUUAAAAAAAAAUAAUAUGUAUAUCUGUUUUUUAUUUUGUAAUGCAACAUUAUUAUUAUAUUUUAGAGAAAUAGAUAAAUCUAUUGAAAUAUAUAAAUAUAUUGUUGAUACAUAUGAAAAUGUAUUUUCUGACUUAUAUUUUUUUUGUUUUUUAAAUUUAAUAAAUACAUUACAUAUAACUCAAAAGGCAUCUCAAAUUAUUAACCAUUGUAUAUGUUUUAAUAAGUUAUUCUUUAAUAAUAUACAAACAUAUUUAUUAUUAUCUUAUUAUUAUUAUGUAAAUAAUAUACCACUCAAAUCGUAUUCGUCUAUAAUGAAAGCUUAUAAAAUGUAUCAUUACAACCCCGACAUUUUCUAUAUGCUAUCUUUGUUAUCCUUAACAGCUAAAAGAUAUAAAGAAUAUGUAACCUUUAGUGAAUUAUCACUUUUUUUUAGUUUAAGAAUAAGUAUAAUUAGAAAUUAUAUAUUUUCUAAAAUAUAUGAAACACAAUAUGAGUAUUUACCUUUUCAUUUAUUAUAUUACAAAUUUAAAAUUAUAAAUUUUGAGAAUUCUAUGAUUAAAUUUCCUAUUAAUAUGGAACCUUUUAUGUGUUACAUAUUUUUUGAGAAUUUAAUAAAAUCAUACAUUACAUAUCAUAUAUAUUCAUAUGAAAGGCAAGGUCUGGAUUAUCUCCUUUUGGCUGAAAAUUUAUGUAAAAUGGGUUUUCUUAUUUUUUCAAAAGAUUUAAAAUUUUUACAAAUCCUAAAAUUUAUUCAAGAUCAUAAAUCAAAUAAUAAAAGUAUUUGUUAUUUAGUUGAAAAUAUAAAUUAA